UUACCAGGGUCGGGAUCUGAGCCGCGCAGCGCAAGCUCCGAUAAUGAGCGCUCGUGGCGGAGGCGGCGGCGGCAGCAUGGCGAUGACCGCCGGCCUGAUCAUCGUACUGCUCGCUGUCAGCGCUGCUGGCUUCAACUUCGGCGGCGGCGGCUUUGGCCUGCUCCUCAGCUUCGCGGGGGUUCUCGCCGGCGCCAGCAUCAUCGCCGCCGGCGUCCGGAUGGCCGACGACGACCCAGCCGCACCCGUCGGCCCCGCGGCGUUCGACGGUACUGCACGUGCUCUCGCGGCGUUCCUGCGUCGCCACCUCGCCGUCGUGGGGCUCGUUGUAGCUUCCUCCGCGGUCACGGCGGUCUCCGGCGAGGCAGGCGCCGUGCUCUGCUUCGGCAUGUUUGCUCUGCUCCUGCUUGCGCUCUCCAUCAUCGCCAUCGGCGUUCUUGGCGAAUAGCUGGCUCGAUAUCAAUUUCUUGGUGCAGCACGGCGUUUGCCACCACCUCCGCUGCUCAAUGUUAUACCAGUUCAUGUUAGUUGA